UGUGACUAUUUUAGUUGAAAAAACCACUGUUAUUGGAUUGUACUCAAAAUUCAUUCUCUGAAAGUCAUUUUUGUGGCAGAUGGGUAUCCCUCACUUCCUUGUUAUUCCAUAUCCAGUUCCAGGACAUGUGAAUCCCCUUAUGCAGUUCUCUCAGGUUCUCAUCAAGCAAGGCUGCAAGAUCACUUUUGUGAACACAGAGUCCAGCCACAAAAGAGCAAUUGCUUCUGGUGCUUGGCAAGACAACAACCUCGAUGAAGCACUGAUAAGAUUUGUCACACUCUCGGAUGGUUUGGAACCUGAAGAUGACAGAAGUGACCAGAAGAAAGUUCUUUCAUCAAUCAAAACCAACAUGCCUUCUAUGCUUCCCAAGCUGAUACAAGAUAUUAAUGAUUUGGAUUUGGACAACAAAAUCUCUUGUAUAGUUAGUACCAUGAGUAUGGGAUGGGGCUUGGAAAUUGGACACAAAUUGGGAAUUAAAGGGGCUUUUCUUUGGACUGCUUCAGCAACUUCUCUGGCUUAUCUUCACAGCAUCCCGAAGCUAAUUGGCGAUGGAAUUAUUGACUCUGCUGGAAUUCCCACCAGAAAACAAGAGAUUAAACUCUCCCCAAACAUGCCUAUGAUGGACAUUACAAACCUUCCAUGGAGGGGCAAAGAUAAGAUUUCAUUUAAUAACACUGCACAAGAGAUGCAAACUAUGAAGUUAGGACAGUGGUGGCUUUGCAACACUACUUAUGAUCUCGAACCUGCUGCCUUUUCCAUAUCACCAAGGUUCUUACCAAUUGGCCCAUUGAUUGCAGAUGACACCAACAAAAUCUCAUUCUGGCAAGAAGAUAAAACUUGCUUAGCCUGGUUGGAUCAACAACCACCUCAAUCUGUGACAUAUGUUUCCUUUGGUAGUUUGGUAGUGAUGGAACCAAACCAAUUCAAAGAACUAGCUCUUGGACUUGAUCUUCUUAACAAGCCUUUUCUUUGGGUCAUUCGUCCCGGUACUAUUAACAAGGUAAACAAUGGAUACCCAGAUGAAUUCCAUGGAAGUAAAGGUAAAAUUGUGAAUUGGGUGCAUCAGAAGAAGAUAUUGGACCACCCUGCAAUAGCUUGCUUCAUUAGUCAUUGUGGUUGGAACUCCACCAUUGAAGGUGUUUGUGGUGGUGUUCCUUUCUUGUGUUGGCCAUUUACCAGUGAUCAAUUUGUUAACAAGUCAUAUAUUUGUGAUGUGUGGAAGGUUGGGCUUGGAUUAGACAAGGAUAAAAAUGGAUUAAUACCAAAGGGAAAGAUAAGGAAUAAGGUGGAGCAAUUGCUUGGCGAUGAAGAUAUAAAAGCAAGGUCCUUGAAGCUGAAGGAAUUGAUCUUGAAUAGCAUAGCAGAAGGUGGCCACUCUUCAAAGAAUCUUGAAAACUUUGUCAAUUGGGCAAAGUUAUAAUGCUUGGGAAAAUAGUUGAGAUUGUGGUAAUGAAGUUGGUUGUUUUAAAGAUUUUCAUCUGGUUUUAGGGACACUUCAUUUGGAUUUGGGAGUUGUAAACUUGUAAUAAAACAUUAAAGUUCACCAAAGGUGAAAUAAAUAUCAAAGUCAAAGCAAGAUAAGUGGUUUGAACUGAA